AUGGCUCCCAAGCGAAACGCCAAGGCUGCUGCAUCGUCGACCAGCCGGACGUCGGCCGGCCGAAAGACAGCUUCUCGAACGCUGGCCGAGCUCCCGCACCCUUUCCAGGAGGCACCCGACAGCCUGCGGCCCUUCUUCGACGAGCUCUCGCCGCGCCACGUGUACAUUGUCCACGUGGACGGGCGGCCGCGGGACUUCAAGCGCAAGAUCUUUGCAGUGCCGGUGCUCAUGAACGUGGCCGUGGCACUGCUGUUUGUCUGGCGCGUGUGGUACAUUGGGCCGUACUACUGGCUGCUGCUCGAGACGGCGCUGGGGUCAGCCAACGAGGCCACGCUGCGGGCUGUCGACCUGGAGUGGCGCAAGAUGGCCGAGGUGGUGCUGCGCCGCGGCUUCAGCUUCAUGCUUGACCUCUGUCUGGCCAUCUUUGUCUGGCCGUGGCCCGUCGAGUUUGUCGCCGGCAAUCGUCACGGCAGCCCGGUGCAGUGGCGCUGGGCCGUCGGUUUCCGCGACAAGGAGAUCUACGUGCGGCGCAGCCGGUCGUGGUAUGCGGAGGCGCGAACGGGCGGCAUCGACUCCAUGACGACGAAAAAGGUCGACCUCCUGACCGACGAGCAGGGACAGCGGCUGCUGCUGGGCUACGUCGUCCAGGCGACGGCGCCGUCGCUGCUGGAGCAAAAGACCGGAUACCUCACCAUGGACGGCAGCUGGGACCUCGAUUGGGCGAUGAUGGUGUGGGCCACCACGCUGGUCGACAAGAAGGAUGUCGGGCUGGAGGCCUUUGGCAAGCUUGUGCUGCUGCACCACGACGUCUACGGCUGGGUCACGGUGGACAAGCAGGUGCUCGGAGGUGUCGGGGGUGCCGGCAGUGCCAGUGCUGGCGACGAGGCGGCCAACGAUGAGCGGCGCCUGCAGGUGCUUGCCUUCCGUGAGGCGCUCUCAGCCAUGGACAAGGAGGACCUUUUUUUCCGCUGGAUCGAGAUCAUCCAGCGCGAGGUGGCCAAACCAGGCGGCCUGGGCGAUGAGCAACGUCAGGCCGUUGUGGCUGCCGAAGUGCGCGCGCUCUUUAGCCGGAAUGGCGUCGACUUUGACGAGCUCUGGCGCGACAGCGUCGGAUCCGACGGGCUGGCGGGAAUACUGGACGGCACAAUCACGCGUGAACUCCUCUUAUUUCUUGCCUUUUGCCUUGGCCGACUUGCCCAGGGCAGCCUCGCGCUUCUUGGCCUCGGUCCCGUCUCUCCGGGCCGCCUCGGCCGCAUCUCGAGCCUCCUUCUCGGCCUGUACAAUUUGUCAGCAUGUCACGUGUCUUUCUUCUUUCCUCUUUCUUCUUUUCUCUCCUCUGUCCGUCUCGUUGCUUACCUGCUUCCGAGCCGCCUCAAGCUCACGCUUCUCCCGGAUGAGCGCCAGCCGAGCCAGGUCCGCCUUGGCCUCGUCCGUCUUGCCCUGCUCGUGCAGGCGUCGGUAGCGCUCUUUGGCCUGCAGCGCCUCCAUGGACUCACGCUCCUUGCGGCUGGGCGUGCCGGCAGCCGCGCUGCUGCUGCUGCCGAGGCUGAGCUCCUUGACGGCAUCGGCCGCCGCAUUGGCCGCAUUGGCCGCCGAAUGUGGAUCAGCCGCGCCGGCCUGUGUCUGGUUGCGGCUGGCCUUGCUGUGGUUCGGUCGUCGUCGGAUCCCUUGUCCUUCUUCUGCGCACCCUCGGCCCACAUGCUGAUCUCGUUGCCGUCCGCGUCGAGAGGUCGCAGGUCACGCGAAAAGUGCUUGCCGCCUGUCAGACUGUCAGAAAUGCCGGAAGCGACAAACAAGGGUACAUCACCUUACCUCCACGAGUAA